UAUACUAAUGGGGACGUUGCAUCUCACGUGAGGUGCUCCUGGUGGCGCCGUCUCUCUCUCGAGCUAUCGUAGGUGGGCAACAUGCCAACAAGGAAAGAAACACAAAGAUAAAGGGGCCGAAACAUGUAGGAGAAAAACACCAAGGUUGAGUUGAGAAGGUUUCACUGCCGUUGUUUUUUCUUCUUCUCGUGUAAAAAACCUACCUCCGAUCCAAAAUCGCUAUCACAAUUACACAGCACCACCAUUACCCUUUCUCCCCCGAUCCCAAUUCCGAUUAGGGGUUCGGAAUUCACACAACAAGACUCUACAAUUUCCCCAUUUCAUCACUACCCAUUUCUCGUCUCUCUCUCAGAGGGGAUCUCCGAUCAGGUGGAAUUUCAUUGAGGGUUUAAGGUCUCUGCGAAUUCUGACCAAUGGAAUGUGAAUCUUGAUCAGGCUCUCUCUUGUUUCUUGUUAGUAUUGAUUUUCAUCACUUCCUCACUAUCAAUUCUACCUGCAACACUGUAAAUUCUUGUAAAACUUUACUUCCUUAUACUGGUUUUGUUAGUCUACCUUGAUUUUCAAUGGCUAACCCAACACAACCUAAUGUUGGGUUCACCCCUUCAAACCCAGACAGACAGGGUCAAAACCCUGACAAGGGUCCAAUUCCCCCACCUCUUAGUUUUGCAGCUGCACCUAGAUUUCCUCCACCAAAAUUACAGUUACAUCAAGAUCAAGCUUCUCCCCAACCCGCUAAAACCCCGAGCCCAAACCUUGUUUCACCGGCUAAUGGGGUUACCACUGGCAGUCCAGUUCCUCACCUGAGCACCCCUCCUGGACCCCCUGUCUUCUCGUCGCCCGUCCGUCCGGCUGCUGUUCCGUUUCGCACAUCGCCUGCAUCACCUCAGCCACUUGCUUUUUCGUCAAGCUCUUCUUUGCCAACGUCAUCGUCGCCCCAAUAUUCCAAUGGAGCAUUUGAUUUGCAGUCCCAAGUUUCUGAUAGUAUAGCGGACCAUGCUCCUGUUGGGGAGUCAUCCUUUGUUCUUUUUUCAGCUCAUAAGGUACUGAAACAGAAGAAACAAGCUAAUGUGCCCAGUCUGGGUUUUGGGGCAUUGGUCUCUCCUGGGAGGGAGGUCUCAACAGGCCCUCAGGUAAUACAGCGUGAUCCCCAUCGCUGCCAAAGCUGUGGUGGUUAUGCAAAUAUAUAUUGCAACAUACUACUUGGCUCGGGCCAGUGGCAGUGUGUUAUAUGUCGGAAACUGAAUGGAAGUGGUGGUGAGUACGUUGCGGCUAGCAAGGAAGAUCUUCACAGAUUUCCAGAACUGUCUUCACCCAUGGUUGACUAUGUUCAAACUGGGAACAAGAGACCUGGUUUUGUUCCAGUUUCAGAUUCCAGAAUGUCUGCCCCAGUUGUUCUUGUAAUAGAUGAAUGUUUAGAUGAGCCUCACUUACACCAUUUUCAGAGUUCUUUGCAUGCUUUUGUUGAUUCUCUCCCUCCAACAACAAGAUUAGGAAUUGUACUAUAUGGCCGUACUGUAUCAGUGUAUGACUUCUCAGAAGAAUCAAUUGCAUCUGCUGAUGUGCUUCCCGGGGAUAAAUCACCAAGUGAAGACUCUUUGAAAGCUUUGAUUUAUGGUACUGGCAUAUAUUUGUCGCCCAUGCAUGCUUCAUUACCUGUAGCACAUUCCAUAUUUUCAUCAUUGAGAGCAUAUAAGUUGAACAUACCUGAAGCUUCCAGAGAUCGGUGCCUAGGAACUGCUGUGGAGGUUGCUCUUGCUAUAAUUCAGGGCCCGUCAGAUCUGUCCCGAGGGGUAGUCAAAAGGUCAGGGGGUAAUAGUAGAGUUAUUGUCUGUGCUGGUGGACCGAACACUUAUGGGCCUGGAUCUGUUCCUCAUUCUUUUAGUCACCCUAAUUAUCCUUAUAUGGAAAAAACAGCAUUGAAAUGGAUGGAGAAUCUGGGUCGUGAGGCUCAUCGACAAAAUACUGUGGUUGAUAUUUUAUGUGCUGGAACAUGCCCUGUAAGAGUUCCUAUCUUACAUCCUCUCGCAAAAGCAUCAGGUGGAGUUUUUAUUCUCCACGAUGAUUUUGGAGAAGCCUUUGGUGUUAAUUUGCAAAGGGCAUCAGCCAGAUCAGCAGGCUCUCAUGGACUGUUAGAAUUGCGAACAUCAGAUGAUAUUCUCAUUACUCAAGUUGUGGGUCCUGGGGAAGAGUCACAUGUAGACACCCACGAAACGUUUAAAAAUGACACUGCUCUUUAUAUUCAGAUGCUAAGUGUUGAAGAAACACAGUGCUUCUCUAUCUCCAUGGAAACCAAAGGGGAUAUCAAAAGCGAUUUUGUCUUUUUCCAGUUUACUAUUCAGUAUUCAAAUGUAUAUCAAGCUGAUGUGUCCAGGGUCAUUACUGUUAGACUGCCAACAGUAGAUAGCGUUUCAGGAUAUCUUGAGAGUGUUCAGGAUGAAGUGGCCGCUGUCCUCAUUGCAAAGAGAACUCUGUUACGAGCCAAAAACCAAUCUGAUGCAAUUGAUAUGCGAGCAACAAUAGAUGAAAGAAUUAAGGAUAUUGCUCUUAAAUUUGGCUCCCAACUACCAAAAUCAAAACUUCAUUGCUUCCCAAAGGAGCUUUCUCUCUUACCUGAGAUCCUUUUCCAUCUCAGGAGAGGAUCGCUAUUGGGAAGCAUUAUUGGCCAUGAAGAUGAGAGGUCUGUGCUGAGGAACCUGUUUCUGAAUGCAUCCUUUGACCUAUCACUCAGAAUGGUGGCUCCUCGUUGUCUAAUGCACAGGGAGGGGGGGACUUUUGAGGAGCUACCAGCUUAUGAUCUUGCAAUGCAGUCUGAUACUGCUGUUGUACUUGACCAGGGCACUGAUGUCUUCAUUUGGUUGGGUGCUGAACUUGGAGCAGAUGAAGGAAAAAGUGCUGCUGCUUUGGCUGCAUGCAGGACAUUAGCUGAAGAACUGACUGAAUUCCGUUUUCCAGCUCCUCGUAUCCUUGCUUUCAAGGAGGGUAGCUCCCAAGCUCGAUAUUUUGUCUCUCGUCUCAUACCAGCUCACAAAGAUCCUCCUUAUGAGCAGGAGGCAAGAUUCCCUCAACUCAGGACAUUGACACAAGAAGCGCGGACAAAGCUGAAAAGCAGCUUUGUUCACUUCGACGAUCCUAGCUUUUGUGAGUGGAUGCGAAGUUUGAAAGUGGUGCCACCCCAACCGAGAUGAUGACCAUUCUGCUGUAGGUGAUUUGGUGGGUUAAUUUAUGAGAGCCCGUAAUGGUCUUGGGCAUUGAAUUUUCCAACUUGUUGCGUAUUCUUUGUUGAGUUGUUGACACUGGGUUUUUUCCAUGUUUUGUGCAACACAGUGUUCUUGUAGAUGUCCCAAAUCUCUCGCUUCAGUGCCUCCUUCCAUUGAUUUUGUUCACCUCCGAAGAAAUAAUCUUUUUUUUUUGUGUUGGGAGGGGGUGACAGAAAUUUUUACAAUUUACAUGACAGUUAAUAUGUUUCCAUAGAGCAAUAAUGGACUUCUUUUUAUUUA